ACCCAGGGUGCUUUGCGCCCCCGCCGUACAAAAACAUGGCUGCGCGCAGGGCCCCUCCCUCAUCCCGGCAUGCACCGGGGAGUAGGCGCGGCCUUUCGGUGGGCCUGGAAGAUGGCGGCCUCUGGCGCAGAGCCGCAGAUCUUAGUCCAAUACUUGGUGUUACGAAAGGAUCUAUCGCAGGCUCCAUUCUCCUGGCCAGCGGGCGCACUGGUAGCGCAGGCCUGUCACGCAGCCACCUCGGCCUUGCACAUUCACCGUGACCACCCGCACACGGCCGCUUACCUCCAAGACCUGGGGCGCAUGCGCAAGGUGGUCCUCGAGGCUGCAGAUGAAAGCACCCUAAAGGAGCUGGCUGAGACUCUGCAGCAGAAGAACAUUGACCACGUGCUUUGGCUGGAGCAGCCUGAGAAUAUUGCCACCUGCAUUGCGCUCCGUCCCUACCCCAAGGAAGAAGUGAACCAGUAUUUGAAGAAGUACCGAUUGUUCAAAUGACUAAGGUUAUCAGUUGCCUUGAUGUAUUUGAGCAUCAGCUGGAUCCAGAAACUGCAUGCCACCCGUCCCUAAGCAUCAUAUACUCCUCUCCGUGGCAACCCGCUCUUCCCUUUAAGUUAUGAAUGUUUCUUGAGGGUCAAACACAUGUUCAUAUUAAAGUUGUCAUUAAUAAGUA